UGACAAAACCUCAGCUGAGGAGUGGAGGAACCAAAAAGAUCAUUAAGAGCCAAGAGGAGAAAAAGGUUGAAGGGGAAGACUUGGUGUCCACCCUCCAUUCAUCCCUCCAUCCCUCCAUCCAUCCCUCCUCCCCUUGUUUCCCACCUGUGAGGAUUAAUUGGGCCGGAGCAGCAUGGCGCAAGCCGCCUCGCAGCUGAAGAAAAGGGCGACGGAGAACAUCAAUGCUGUGGAGGACGAGAAGGAGAAGAAGAGGGCGGCGAGGAAGCGUGCUCGCGAAGCAAAGAGAAAGACGGAUGUAAAUGCCUGUUAUCUGCGAUCAGCUCGGGCCGGGAACCUGGAGAAAGCUUUGGACUACCUGAAGAAUGGAGUCGACAUCAACAUAUGCAAUCAGAACGGCCUGAACGCUCUUCAUCUGGCCUCUAAGGAGGGACACGUGGAGGUGGUGGCUGAACUCAUCAAGAAGGGCGCCAACGUGGACGCAUCAACCAAGAAAGGAAACACAGCGCUGCACAUAGCUUCUCUGGCCGGACAGACGGACGUGGUGAAGGAGCUGGUGACUCACGGAGCCAACGUCAAUGCACAGUCUCAGAAUGGCUUCACUCCGCUCUACAUGGCGGCGCAGGAGAACCACAUGGUCGUGGUCCAGUACUUGUUGGACCACGGCUCCAGUCAGAGCAUCGCCACCGAGGACGGGUUCACCCCCCUGGCGGUGGCACUGCAGCAGGGCCACGACCAGGUGGUUUCCCUCCUGCUGGAGAACGACACCAAGGGGAAGGUCCGCCUCCCGGCGCUGCACAUCGCCGCUCGGAAGGACGACACCAAGGCCGCCGCCCUCCUCCUCCAGAGCGACCACAACGCCGACGUGGAGUCCAAGAUGAUGGUGAAUAGAACAACAGAGAGCGGCUUCACUCCUCUUCACAUCGCGGCUCACUACGGUAACAUCAACGUAGCAACGCUGCUGCUGAACCGGGGAGCCGCUGUGGACUUCAAGGCGAGGAACGACAUCACGCCGAUGCACGUGGCGUCCAAACGAGGGAACGGCAACAUGGUGCGGCUGCUGCUGGAGAGGGGCUCCAAGAUAGAUGCACGGACCAAGGACGGUCUGACUCCUCUUCACUGUGGAGCCAGGAGUGGUCACGAGCAGGUGGUGGAGAUGCUGCUGGACAGAGGAGCUCCGAUACUGUCAAAGACCAAGAACGGGUUGUCUCCUCUCCACAUGGCGACUCAGGGCGACCACCUGAACUGCGUCCAGCUGCUGCUGCACCACGAGGUGCCGGUGGACGACGUGACCAACGACUACCUGACCGCGCUGCACGUGGCGGCCCACUGCGGACACUACAAGGUGGCAAAGGUCAUCGUGGACAAGAAGGCCAACCCCAACGCCAAGGCUCUGAAUGGUUUCACCCCGCUGCACAUCGCCUGUAAGAAGAACCGAGUCAAGGUGAUGGAGCUGCUUCUGAAGCAUGGAGCAUCCAUCCAGGCCGUCACAGAGUCGGGUCUGACUCCGAUCCACGUCGCUGCAUUUAUGGGACAUGAAAACAUCGUCCACCAGCUGAUCAACCACGGAGCUUCACCGAACACAAGCAAUGUGAGGGGGGAGACGGCACUCCACAUGGCGGCGAGGGCGGGACAAUCAAGCGUGGUUCGAUACCUGGUCCAGAACGGAGCUCGAGUGGACGCCAAGGCCAAGGACGACCAGACGCCGCUGCACAUCUCGAGCCGCCUCGGCAAACAGGACAUCAUCCUCCAGCUGCUCGCCAACGGAGCGCACCCGGACGCCACCACCAGCUCCGGGUACACACCUCUGCACCUGGCCGCCCGGGAGGGACACCGGGACGUGGCCGCCACGCUGCUGGAUCAGGGAGCGAGUCAGGGCGUCACUACCAAGAAAGGCUUCACUCCUUUACAUGUGGCAGCAAAGUACGGGAAGAUCGAGGUCGCCAACCUGCUGCUGCAGAAGAGCGCUCCGGCCGACGCAGCUGGGAAGAGUGGACUAACUCCACUGCAUGUGGCAGCGCACUACGAUAACCAGAAGGUGGCGCUGCUCCUGCUCAACCAGGGAGCCUCACCGCACGCUGCUGCAAAGAACGGUUACACGCCGCUCCACAUCGCGGCGAAGAAGAACCAGAUGGAGAUCACCACCACGCUGCUGGAGUACGGCGCCUCCACCAACACGGUGACUCGUCAGGGAAUCACUCCGCUGCACCUCGCGGCGCAGGAAGGAAACGUGGACAUCGUGACGCUGCUGCUGGCUCGAGACGCUCCGAUCGACACGGGCAACAAGUCUGGUCUGACUCCGCUCCACCUGGCGGCUCAGGAGGAUAAAGUCAACGUGGCCGAGGUCUUAGUCAACCAGGGAGCAACUGUUGACCCUGAGACCAAGCUGGGAUACACUCCUCUGCAUGUGGCCUGCCACUAUGGGAACGUGAAGAUGGUCAACUUCCUGCUGAAAAACCAGGCGAAGGUCAACGCCAAGACCAAGAACGGUUACUCUCCUCUGCACCAGGCUGCACAGCAGGGACACACACACAUCAUCAACUUACUGCUGCAUCACGGAGCAUCGCCCAACGAGCUCACCACUAAUGGAAACAGUGCUCUGUCCAUCGCCCGGAGGCUCGGCUACAUCUCUGUGGUGGACACACUCAAAGUGGUCACAGAGGAAACUCUGACCACUCAGACGGUGACGGAGAAGCACCGGAUGAACGUUCCAGAGACGAUGAACGAGGUGCUGGACAUGUCCGACGAUGAAGUCCGUAAAGCCAAUGUCCCCGAAAUGAUCACAGAGGACUAUUUAUCUGAUGUGGAAGAAGAGAUGGAUGUUGGAAACAUCUGCAUCAGCUAUUCCUGUGACGAUGCCAUGACGGGGGACACAGAUAAAUAUCUGGCCCCCCAGGACCUGCGGGAGCUGGGGGACGACUCGCUCCCUCAGGAGGGCUACAUGGGCUUCAGCGUCGGGGCCCGGUCGCAGAGUCCCAAAGUCAGCCUGCGUUCCUUCAGUUCUGAUAGGUCCAACACGCUGAACCGCAGCUCCUUCACCCGGGACAGCAUGAUGAUCGAGGAGAUGCUGGCGCCCAAUAAGGAGAUGAUGCUCCGUAAGGAAAAGUCUUUCUUUCUAGAGCAGCACAACAAGCACUUGGCGGUGGCCAAAGACUUUGACAGCGACUCUCUGAGGAGGUACAGCUGGACAGGAGACGCUCUGGACAACGUCAACCUUGUCUCCUCGCCGAUACACUCUGGUUUUUCCUCUCCGCUCCCGCAAUACGACAGCAGGUUCCUGGUCAGCUUCAUGGUCGACGCCAGGGGCGGCUCCAUGAGGGGAAGUCGCCACAACGGCAUGCGCAUCAUCAUCCCGCCGAGGAAGUGCACGGCGCCCACCAGGAUCACGUGUCGGCUGGUGAAGAGGCACAAGCUGGCGUCGCCUCCUCCGAUGGUGGAAGGAGAAGGCCUGGCCAGCCGAUUGGUCGAGGUCGGUCCGGCCGGAGCUCAGUUCCUCGGGCCAGUGAUAGUGGAGAUCCCUCACUUUGGCUCGAUGCGGGGCACGGAGCGAGAGCUGAUCCUGCUGCGCAGCGAGAACGGAGAAACCUGGAAGGAGCAUCUGUACGACUGUAAGAACGACGACCUCAACCAGCUGCUGAACGGGAUGGAUGAAGAGCUGGACAGUGCUGAUGAGCUGGAGAGGAAGAGGAUAUGCCGCAUUGUCACUAAGGACUUCCCCCAGUACUUUGCCGUGGUGUCUCGGAUCAGACAGGAGACCAUUCACAUGGGACCAGAGGGCGGGACGCUGUGCAGCCGGAGCGUCCCAUUGGUUCAGGCCUCCUUUCCUGAGGGGGCGCUAACCAAGAAGAUCAAAGUUGGACUGCAGGCUCAACCGGUCCCCGAUGAGACCGUCAAGAAAAUCCUCGGUAACAGAGCAACCUUCAGUCCUAUCGUUACCGUGGAGCCCAGGAGACGGAAGUUCCACAAACCAAUCACCAUGACAAUCCCAGUCCCGCCCCUCUCGGGGGAGGGGCUUUCCAACGGCUACAAGGGAGACUCCACCCCCUGCCUUCGCCUUCUCUGCAGCAUUACAGGUGGAACGUCCCCGGCACAGUGGGAAGACAUCACCGGCACAACUCCUCUCACCUUCAUCAGUGACUGCGUCUCCUUCACCACCAAUGUUUCUGCCAGGUUCUGGUUGGCCGACUGUCACCAGAUCCCGGAGACGGUGGGUUUGGCCAUGCAGCUGUACAGGGAGCUGAUCUGCGUGCCCUACAUGGCCAAGUUCGUAGUGUUCGCUAAGAUGAACGACCCGGUGGAGUCCAGACUGAGGUGCUUCUGCAUGACGGACGACAAGGUGGAUAAGACCCUGGAGCAGCAGGAGAACUUCGAGGAGGUGGCCAGGAGCAAAGACAUAGAGGUUCUGGAGGGCAGGCCCAUCUACGUGGACUGCUACGGAAACUUGUCUCCUCUGACUAAGUCUGGUCAGCAGCUAGUUCUCAACUUCUACGCCUUCAAGGAGAACCGGUUGCCCUUCUGCGUCAAGGUGAGGGACCCGAGCCAGGAGCCCUGCGGUCGUCUCACUUUCCUCAAAGAGUGUAAGAGCAUGAAAGGUCUCCCGCAGACGGCCGUGUGCAACCUGAACAUCACGCUUCCCGCGAUGAAGAAGGAAAUGGAGUCAGAUGCCGAGGAUGAGACUGAAAAGCCAGAGCGACGUCAUACCUUUGCAUCUCUAGCCUUACGUAAGCGCUACAGCUAUCUGGCCGAGCCUGCACUGAGCCCUCAGAGUCCCUGUGAGAGGACAGACCUCCGCAUGGCCAUAGUGGCCGACCACCUCGGACUCAGCUGGACCGAGCUGGCCAGGGAGAUGGAAUUCCCUGUGGAUGAAAUCAACUACAUCAGAGUGGAAAACCCCAAUUCCCUGACAGCGCAGAGUUUCAUGCUCCUAAAGAAAUGGGUGCACAGGGAUGGUAAAAAUGCCACAACGGACGCUUUAACUGCGGUGCUGACUAAGAUCAAUCGGUUGGAUAUUGUGACUUUGCUGGAAGGGCCCAUAUUUGACUACGGUAACAUUUCAGGCACACGCUGCUUUGCCGAUGAUAACGCAGUAUUCCCGGAUCAGUCCGAUGGGUACCACAAUAUAGAUCUGGAGCUGCAAACCCCCACAGACCUGACCUACCAGCCCCCCACCCCGCUGCACUCAGAAGGCUUCUUUAGCGAAGGUGAAUUUAGCGUAGAUUCCCCUAGCAAGACCACGCUCACUAGACCUAGCGACCUCUCGCUCACACAGACCACCAGUACCUCCAGCAGCACCCCCCCGACCAUCUGUGCCCCGGAGCCCCCCAUCGUUGGGGAAGAAGACACGACCCUGACCGCUAGAGAAAGCCUGGAAGAGACGACGGGAGUGGCUUCUUAUGAGAGGCCAGGUAAUGACAGAAGAACAGUAGAGAAAUCAGGAACAGGGGCGGAGGCAGGGCGAGAUGUUGCUUUGGAGGGACACCAAGAAGCAGGGGCUGCCUCAGACACUCUUUUCGGAAAUGGACGGCAGGAUGAAGAGGAAGAAGAGGAGGAGAUGACCCAGGAGAGGCUGCAGAGUCUGCUGGAGGACAUAAAGCUGGAGGGAGGCCUGGAGGACGAGGAGAUGACGGAGGAGAGGGUGAACGCCAUCCUGGAACAAGUGCGGCAAGCAGAAAAAGUUGUGUGUUCAGUUCCAGGUUGGAGAGGAGAGACGUCCGACGCAGCCGCAGAGUCAUCAGCACCUCAGGGACCCGAGGGGGGGAGCCCUGACAGUCUGGCAGAUUCACUGGAGCAGCCGCCGCCUCCGACCUCCAGACUGAACGGAGGUCACAGUGACGUAGCUCAGGAGAAGGAGGCCAAGAGGAAGGAGGACAGCAGCACCGCGGGACCAAGCAGAGGACGGGACGAGGCCGGAGACAGGUCCCAGCACAAAGUCCAGGGGAGUGUCAGAGCUGAGGAGUCCAGCUCUGACGAGGAGACCACUGUCACCACCCGGGUGUUCCGCAGACGGGUCAUCCUCAAGGGAGAGGAGGCCAGAAACAUUCCUGGAGAGUCUGUGACGGAGGAGCAGUUCACAGAUGAAGACGGGAAUCUGGUCACCAGAAAAGUGAUCAGAAAGGUUGUGCGUCGCGUGGUCACCUCAGAGGAAAGAGAAGCUGCUGGUGGUGGUGGUGCUGCUGGUGGUAGUGCUGCUGGUGGUGGUGUUACUGGUGUAACAACAGGUGGAGCAGACGCUGCUUCUCCUCCUCCUGGAGCAGGAGCCUCGGGGGGGAAGGGCAAGAAGAGAGGGAAACGCUCCAGACAGGGUCACAAGGCGGAGAGGUCUGGAGAGGAGGCCCAGAGAGGGAAACCCGAGUCUGGAAACGGCAGCAACAAGAAACAAGGGAAGAAGAGCCAGUCAUAACGGCGGAGCUCUGACCCGAACCUGGUCCACGGACGUCCACCUGGGACACCACUCUCGCCCUUCGGAGGAGAAACGGACUCAAGUCCCUGAAAAACAAAGACGACGCCUUGUCAAUCAGCCAAAUCACGUGUCUGACGCCCCCCCCCCCCCCCCCCCUCCGACGCAUGGUCUUCUUCCACGAGACGACUCAAACAACAAAGUUACUUUCCUUUGAUUUCGCAUGAGCAUGUCACCGAACUCACUCUCUCACUGUCCCGGAGGCGACGCCCGAGGACUCCUGAGCUGGAAACUUUCUUACGUCGACGGGGAAACUAAAAGAAAAGGAAGACGUGCGAUUCACUCUCUCUCUCUCUCUCUCUCUCUCUCUCUCUCUCAGACACUCGCCUUAUAUGGUCUAUUUUCUCCUCCUGGACCCCCCCCCCCCCGUGUUGGGCUGUACCAAGUUGUUCUUUUAAAAAAAAAAAUCAAAAAGAAAUAUAAUAGUAAAUGGCGGAGGGGGGGGGGGGGAUUUUGUUGUAUAUAAAUGACACUGUAUAAAAAAUCUUUUAAAAAAAAGUUAAUCAGUAGCUUCACAGAUUGUUUAUGCACUGAUUUGAGUUGAAGCUUCGCAGAGUGGAUGCGUUUGUACCGAGGUCGCCGGCGUGAGACCUGACGUGCUCUUCUCCCAAAGGAAACCAGUAAACAAAACUCUGUGGGAAACAAAUGGGACAAUAACAACAAAAAAAACCUGCUUGAUUUCAAACGGACGUUUCUUUAAACAGCUUCUCAAAUGAUGAUGUUGCUGCAUGUGACGUCGGGUUCCUUUCACGCUUUUACUUUCACGUUUCUGCCCUAAUUCAACGCACUGUAAUAGGAUCUGGUAAUUCUGUCACAAUAACUCAACCACCUGUCAUCUAUUACUGUUUUUUAUUUUUUAUAACACACACAGACACACACACACUCCGCACUCAAGCAGCAAAAUAACAAAGCUUCAUUUGUACGCUUCAGCAAGUUACUGAGUGUCCCUGAACGUAACCUGCACUCCGCUCAAUCCCGCUCGCAGCCCCCCCCCCCCGGUGUGUGUGUGACAUUAAAUAAAACCUCUUCCUGUGUCUCGUCUAUCAAACUAGAUGUGAGAGUGUCGGCUUUUUUACGUCUGCUGUGGGUUUUUUAACAAGGGGACUGUUUUAUUUUGACGGUUUGAUGAUUUCUAUCUUUAUUUCCUUUUACAGACUAGAACAGAGGAUUGGAUUUUUUUUGCCCCAGCUGAUUCUUUUUAUUAACGACUAAAAUCACCACAAAAUAAAUCAGUGAUGAUCAAACAUUUAAAAUAUCAGAUUUUCUGUAAUUCUGUAAAUUUUAUUUUUCAUUUUGUCUUUUUUUUUCAUACAAAGCCACCGUAAGAAUCCAUUGUUGAUGAUAAAUCUGGUACCGACAUGUAUGAUGAACCGACAUAGCUUACACUGGAUGAUCCAAGUAAUUAUUUAAGCAGAAAAAUAAAUUGUGUUUAAACUA